AUCACGUAAGCCAGUGCUCGGAUACAAUUUAUCCUAUCCGUAUGGUUAACCUCUUGCUUGACGUCUAGUUUUUCCUGCAUCCGGUUGACUCGUUGCAACUUAUUCCAUUUAUUUGUUACACUUUUCGCGGUUCCGAGUUUCGCGGACGAUGGUGACUCCUUGGUGGAUACUUUUAGCAUCGGUAUUAGGAGUCUGGGCCACGGUGAAGGACGGAGCUGAAAACGCUCCGCCCACGGUGGAGAUCUUCGAGAACGAGACCGUCCUGUUGCCGUGCUACGUCGACAGCAUCGGUGUUCCGACGAGGGUACGAUGGUGGCACGAGGACGUCCUAGUGGCGGACACCAGCGAGGUGGUGCCGAGAGUUCGCGUCAAAAUGUGGGACAACAGGAGUCUCGAGGUCUCAUUCAUCCAGCGCGAAGACGCCGGAUUGUACGUGUGUCAGGCCUCGAGACCGGCACCUUGGGGACACGUCACUCAGGUGCACGCCAUCAGAGUUAAAUAUCCGCCGAGUGUCCACACGAUCCCCGAGUCGGGCGAGCUGGAGGUGAACAUGGGCGAGAACGUCGAGAUGUCCUGCGUGGCGGAAGGCGUUCCAUUUCCGAUAAUUACCUGGAGAUCAAAGGGGGAAGACAUGCACCUUCUGGACCACAGGGCGAGGUUGCAGUUCAAUGCUGAAAAUCGAAGUCUCUCCGGUCGGUACAGCUGCAUCGCGAACAACGGCGUAGGAGAGCCUGCGGUAGCUCACAUCAAUUUGCGAAUCAGGUAUAAGCCAGAAAUAGAGGCCCAGAAGACCUGGGUGCACGCCUCUCCGGGUCUUCGGGCACAACUCCACUGCAAGGUGUCCGCCUGCCCGGAAGCACAGGUGGAGUGGUUCUUCAAGGAGGAGAGGGUACGAUACUCGGCGCGGGUCCUCAAGUCCUUCUCCUGCGAGGAUCACAGCUUGAUUAUCAGGAACGUGAGGGACGAGGACUACGGGUACUACCUCUGCAGGGCAUCGAAUUCUCUGGGGAUCACCGAGAAGGAGAUCGAGCUCUCCGGGGUCGCCAAUCCUGCGGUCUUCAAGAAAGAGUCCCACGUCAUCUCCAGGACAGCUUACAAGCUCAUCUGGGAGGUGGACAGCUACAGCCCCAUCAUCGGCUACCAGCUCCUGUUUCGCAAAAGAGUGAACGGGAGACACGGAGAUUGGCGCAACGUCUACGUCCCGAGUGAGAGGGAUGCAAUUGGCUCGGUGCAUGCUCACUCGUACAAUUUGACCGGCCUAGCCGAGGCGACUCAUUACGAGGUGCAAGUACUCUCCAGAAAUCGGUACGGCUUGAGCAGACCGUCGAAGAUCUUCAGCUUCGCGACCCCUGGUGCUCCAGCCGAUAAAAAUGGGAUUUAUACGAUAGAUAACGUCGUGGACGACAAGUCGAUGCCAGUGGUCGAACUCGCAUCGAUGUCGCAACACUCGUACGGAAGUGCAGCAUCUCUUGGACAACGGAAGACUUUGAUGGUAGUCCUUCCCGUAGUUUGUUUCGUUAUUAGCGUCCUAGCGAUCGUCUGAGACUGACUUUUAAAUUCACAUUAAUCAGUCAAUGAAUAUUAAUAAGGGAACGACGGAGGGAAUACGUUCCGGCUGAAAAUGCUACACAGAAAUCGAUAACCGCUCGUUCCUUUUUUAUCGGUCCCUGUCAGAGGAAUGUUCAACCGAGAAUCCCGAGUAAGAUAUCGGAAAAUCUCGACAGACUUGAAACAAUAGACGUAACGCUUAUGGAGUAACGAGUCGAAAGGUAGAGAUACCGAUUCACGCGAAGAAGAAGCAAACGAGGAAGUUAUUGGGUCAACGAUAAGUUCUAAGCUAUCUACCGGAAUGUAUUUAAAUCCGACUCGCUCAGGCUACUAUAUAAAGGUGUAAAUAUAGGGUGUGUAGUGAAUAAUUUGUACUUGCAUGAUUUGUUACGGAUGGCGAAGGGAAGGGAACUCGUAAUUUAUGUUUAAUUAAGUCAGUAGUUUACGGU